AUGAAUGGGGAAGAAGUUUGGGAUGAAGUAGAAGUUAAGGAGGGAGAAAUGAUUAUGGAUGGAGAAGAAGUUAAGGAAGGAGAAGAAAUUAGGGAUGACGAAGAAAGUAAGGAUGGAGAAGAAAUUAAGGAAGGAGAAGAAGUUAGGGAAAGAGAAGAAGUUUGGGAAGGAGGAGACGAAUUGAAGAUAAAGAAUAAAGUAUGGAUGGGGAAAAAGUUUGGGAUGGAGAAGAAGUUUGGAAUGGAGAAGAAUCUACUAAGUAAUGAAGUUAAAGAAGCAGAAGAAGUUAAGGAGGAUGGAGAAGAAGUUAAGGAAGGAGAAAAAGUUAAGAAUGAAGAACAAGUUAGGGAAGGAGAAGAAGUUAAGGAUGGAGAAAUAGUUUGGGAUGGGGAAGAAGUGAAGGAAGGAGAAGAAGUUAAAGAAGAAGAAGAAGUUUUGGAUGGAGAAAAAGUUAAGGGUAAAGAAGAAAGUAUCGAUGGGGAAGAAAUUUGGGAUGGCGAAGAAGUUAAGGAGGGAGAAAUGAUUAUGGAUGGAGAAGAAGUUAAGGAAGGAGAAGAAAUUAGGGAUGACGAAGAAAGUAAGGAUGAAGAAGAAGUUAUGGACGGAGAAGAUGUUAAGGAAGGAGAAGAAAUUAAGGAAGAAGAAGAAGUUAGGGAAAGGGAAGAAGUUUGGGAUGGAGGAGAAGAAUCAAAGUAUGGAGAAGAAAUUAAGUAA